GAGAGAGAGAGAUAUAUCUAUCUAUCUAUCUAUCUAUCUUUCUAUCUAUCUAUCUAUCUAUGGAUGAAUGGAAAAUCCGAUUUUGUACUAUCCAUAACUGGGGAUGAUCCUCCAGCCCUGUGGAGGUUUGUUUCUUUGGUCCCAACGGCGCAGUGUGACGCCCAACGCAGGGAUGGCGACCUUUAUGGCUCCGGCUUCAUUCUUUACCGUGGUUCAUCUGAGCAUCGGCAAACCCGGUGGGGACUUGGUUGGCCUAGCGAUCUUUGCAGAUAGUACAAUCUCCUUCUGGAUGACCUUGGUGCUCCUGUGGCUGAGGCGUUCUCUUUGGGCCACCAGCUUUCACCCCAGCUUCGUGUCCUUUACCUUUCCCCUGGCGUCCACUGCUACAGCAGCAUUGUUGGCUCAGGUGCACCUGCCCUCCGUAUCUUCGCCCAUGCUGGAGAUCUACGGCAAGGUACUGCUGUACGUCAGCACCAUGGUGAUCCUUGCGGUGCAACUGCGGUUCGUCUACUUCUUGGUGGAGUUGCGGCAGAAGCAGAAGUGACGGCAGGGAAAAAACGCCAAUGUCGUGAAGUUGAAGUCAAUGAAAACAA